ACUUGCUGGCACCGCCUGUCAGAUUCACAGCAGAUCUCAGCAAUUUAUCGCAUCGCCGCAUCUAACCCUAAACUGUCUCUAACUGCCUCCUUCGGACAGGGUAUUUACACUGAGGCUGCAGAGCUCUUCCUCGCAGUGUUGACUUCACACAGAGGGAGUUGGUUCGCUGCUGAUGCUGAGGAGAUAAAACCUUUAUCUCCCAUCUUCUCUUAUCGCCAUCUCUUCUCUUUCUACCCCCCCUGCGCAGCCUGAGUCGACACCGGUGGCAUAUUGGACGCGCUGGAUGGCUGCUGCACUUAGCGAACCGGCGUGAAUCUUUUUUUUUUUUCCAUUAUCAUCAUCCCCAUCAUCAUCUUUCUCUGCUUUUGAGUCUGUAAACAAACCUACAACUGCAACAACAAUGACAGACCCGACGACUCAAGAGUCAUACCCUGUCCCGGACCCGACUAUUGUGGAUCCCUGCCCGGGCACAGUGCGGAACGGCCAAUGCGCCCCGGAUGGAUUCACCAACAACCAUCACCAGCAAGCCAAGACCCAUGGCCAACCUGAGACGUUCACCACGGGCCAGGAGAUGAAAAUCACAGAUAGUGUGGAAGGAGAAGGUCUUCUUGAGAGCAGCAUGCGUUUGAAGCCGCAUGAGGCUCAGAGCUACAGGAAGAAGGCGCUCUGGGUCUCCUGGAUCUCCAUCGUGGUCACACUCAUACUGGCUGUGGCAGCUUUCACUGUAUCAUUCAUGAGACACAGCGCAUCGGCCUUUGGAUUUGCUUUUGAUGCCACGUUGGACGUCCUGUCAUCAAUCAUUGUUCUCUGGCGCUACAGCAAUGCAGCAGCUGUGCACUCUGCGCACAGAGAGUAUAUAGCAUGUGUAGUCCUCGGGAUUGUGUUCUGUCUCUCCUCCUUGUGCAUCCUUGGAAAAGCCAUCCAUGAUCUGGCUACCAGGGUUCCCCCAGAAGUGGAUGACUUCCUCUUCAGUGUAUCUAUAGUGAGUGGGCUUACAUGUGCUCUGCUGGCUGUGGCCAAGUUCAUGCUGGGAAGAGUGCUGACUAGCCGGGCACUUAUUACUGACGGGUUUAACUCUCUAGUCGGUGCUAUUAUGGGAUUUUCUAUUCUGAUCAGCGCUGAAGUCUUCAAGCACCACACUGACGUUUGGUUUCUGGAUGGCACCAUGGGAGUUGUCAUUGGGCUAAUCAUUUUGGCAUACGGCGUCAAACUCCUGAAGGACAUGGUGCCCCGUGUGAGACAGACGAGGAACUACGAGCGUUUUGAGUGAGAGGCAUGUGCGUUGACCAGACGAGCAGGUUCACAUGCGCGCGCACACCCGCACACCUGGCUGCCUCCUGCCCUCCUCCCUCUUCUCUCUGUCUUUCAUACACACUUUAAUACACAUUCCACCUGCACAUGCAGCACAUAAAGACUCGACACAUCCAUGUUCUCAUAAAUAUGAAUAUAUAUAUACAUAUGCUGUAUAUACUGUACAUGAUGCAUACAUACACUCAGACAUAAACAGACAUGCAUGCACACACAAACAUUUAAGAGACUUUGAGGGAAAAGGAUUGAGGACCACCUCCUGAAAAGAAGAUUGAUCUUUUCCGCUCUUCUGUCCGUGAAACCACCAGUUUAAGAAUUACACCAAGAAUGAAGAAACAGGCCGAAGAACUGAGACUUUGUUCAACCUCAGCAUAUAAUAGUUGCUGCUUAGAAGACACCAUUCACAUCAUCACAGCCGUCACACUGCAGUGUCUACACUACAGUGUAUUGAUUUGUCCUAGUGGGCACAGGUAUUGUCACAGUGGGCAUAACAGGGAUCAACAUUUAUCAAAUUGUGGACACUUAAAAUGUAGAAAUGAAGGCAUACACAAAAAUACAGUAUGUAUUCCCGUCUAAUUUACUCGAUAAACCUUUUGAAGACCGUUUAAAGAUUUCUUUGCCCACUACAUUUUUUUGUUUUUUUUUGUCUUUGGGGCCAAAACCUCACCAGCCUCCUUUCUUCAAGACAGUUGCUAUACAUCCUAAUCUGUUACUGAGAGACAAAGACAGGUGCAAAGUGGAGAAAGGGGACUCAGACAGAAAACAUACAGACAGCACUGAGUCAACAAACACGGCUUUCUCCAAAAAGGUGAAAAGCAUCAGCGUUUACGGUGUUGUUGAUCUAAAAACUAAAAGCAAACAGCAGUUAAGAGGACAGGAGACACUAAGGACAAACAUUUGCCAUACGAUGGCUGUAAACCUAAGUGCUCAAGCCAUUUAACCAGUUUAUAUUACAUUGCAUAGCCUACUGUACUGUGUGUAAUGUAUCCAAGCACAAAUCAGCAAACAUUUCAUGCACUGGUGUUUGCUGCUGACAGUUUAGCACAGUGCUCUUUUUAAUUACAAACUAGGAAAUGAUUUGAUUUGAGGGCAUUUAGCCUGUUUUGUCUUAACUGCUGUAUCCUGCUGUAUGUUUCAUUGCCAUAUGUUGUACAUAUCUUUUGAUUUGUUUACAGACACACAUACCUUACUCAGUUAGUUACUGAAAUACAUUCAGUAUCUUGUGUUUUUUUUUUUACUUGAAAAUAGUUUUACAAAGUAACCAGGCAACAACUGAAGAAUAGACAUAAAAUCCAAGGUUUUAUUAUGGGGAAAAAACAGACAAACAACAACAACAACAAAAAAAACGCAUGAAUAUUUAUCUUGUUUUUGUUCUCAAACACUUUUUCAAAUGCAAAAGCACUACAUUCUGUGCUAUAAUCCUGCUAUUUAUCAUUUUCUCUAGGGACUGUUGAAGAGAAAUCAGUCGGGGUAUUUAUUAGAUGUAUUAAUAUUAUUUUAUUCAUAUUUUCUCCUGUCAUUCUGACUGCAGUGUUCAUAUGUAAAGUUGGAUAAGAAAAAAAAAUUAAGCAAAGCACAAAGAUAAAGCGGGAAUAUCAUUUUCAUUGCAUAUCAUUUGCAGAGACAGCGUUUUCUCCUGUGUCUGCUUACCUGCGUAUUACCCAUUUGUUCUGCACGUUCCCAUUGUUAUCAUUCAUUAUUAUGUGCAAUGAACAGAAUGUAAAUACAAAGCACACAGUCUGUAAAUAUGUUUAUUACACUGUUAUGGUGCAUCAGUAACAAAAAAGUCACAAAAUAGUACUUUAUGGCUGACAUACUAGGCUUUUUGGAGUAGGCUGCAUAUAGUUAAAGUACAGGAUGAUCAGUGUUGCAUAUAGUUAAAAAUGUUUACUCUAUAGUGCUUAUAUUGUAAAUGUUGUUUUACAUACUAUUGUAGAUUAUUGGUGAAAUGAAAUGACAAGUCUUACUGUAAGUAUUUGCACUGUAAGUGAAAAUCUCAGAUUGGAUGUAGGCGUGAUCUGACAGCACUGUCCAAGGCUCCUUUAUCACUUAUUAGAAGCUGUCAAGAGAAAGAUUUAUUUUCAUUUCACAAACCACAGACACAAUAUACCCACCAGCACAAAUCAGUAUUAUUUUACUGAACUUAAGUGGGUGGUAUGAGCUUAAAAAGAGGAUUAUUCAGAAUAUUUUUAUUCAUGUGGAUGUAAUUAAAACAAGAGGAAUGACUUCAAUGUCAUUCUAUUGGAGGAACAGAAGCGCCCCAAAAUGAAUCAGCGAUUGAUUUUAUACAAAUGCAUUGAGUUGAAUUCAAUAAGAAAAUGCUAUAAAUAAUGAAACAGAUAAUGAAAGAGCUCACUACCCAUGACCAAAAUCUGUUUGUGGCCUGGAUGCUCCCUGUGAAUGUGGAUUUAGAGUGCACGUGAGCCCCCUUGUGGUCAGUGUCCAUAUGACAAGAGUUUUAAUUAGUAUUCAGUGCACUGGAUCCAUGGCAGAGAGUCUAAAUUUAACCCAGGCUGAAGAUGGUUACAAAGCCUUGGACAGUGAUUCUAAAAUGGCCAACAUCCACUCCACUCUGUAAUUAUCAACUCUGAAUCGACAUACUGGACUAGGUGCAAAAUUGCUGGUGUUAUCUUUAGUUCUAUUGUGUGAAGAAUAAGGAUUAGCUGUGAACUAAAGGCGUGAAUCAGCUCACACCUCUUGGACUCGCCAACAGCACACUGAUUUGUAAUGUUUCCCCACUUUCUCUGAUGCAUAGAAGACAAUCUUACAAUGACUUUUAUCAGCAAAGCACAGUUUUUACAUGCCAGUGGCCACCGCAUACAGCACAGAACAAACUCAUAAUAACUCAGUUAGUAACUGUGUGCUUGUGUUAUUGCUCAUAUUGUGUUAUUUUGAUCUUGGUGACAAAAUCUGUUCUACCUCUCUUCUUUGCACUUUGUUUUGUUUUCAUGCCACUUCUGUUAAUUGCACAUUAAUUCUAUAGAAAAUUUAGGCUAGGUGCUGUGAUUGUAGCCCUUGCCCCCUUAUACUCCUAAGUAAUGAGUGAUCUUUGAAGCUGUUGCACUCCCUGGAAAUCACGAGAUAGGUGCAAUAGCUGGAUACCAAAAAAAUAAAUAAAUAUUGUAAACUGUAAUUCUAUGAUCAAGAUACAUUUUAUUCAUCUAUGAUGUGAUUUUUCCACUGCCCGAUGAAAUAUUUCAACACUCAAAUUCCAUGUCACUAAAAGACCGCUGAGAGGUUUGUGACAAAAUGACCUCUGAACAUCGCAACAUUAAACCUCUAUUCAUUUACGAGGUGGUAUAAUAUUUCAGUGUUUCAUUGAAAUAGCUCAGAGACAUGUCAAAUUCUGCAGCUUGAUGAACUGUGCCAAAUCAUUGAAAACCUCUGUCCAUUCUUCUGACGUGUGUGUAUCAUUCAGUUGUACUUGUACUGAUGAAAUGGGUCAUUGUUACCGACCCAGAAGAGGCAACAAAACCUUCUUUUGGCUUAAUUUCACAAAUUUAUAAUAGCAAAACAAACCACUUCUCAGUUGCUAUAGGCUUUGCAUGGGCUUAUAAAAACCCUGAUAGCUUCAGUGGUUACAGAUGAAUUGCAGCCACACACACACACACACGAACACACACACACACACACACAAAACAUACAUGGAAGGAUGUAACUGAAUAUCCAAUAACUUUGAUGAUGUAAGAGAGUUAUUAUUUGUCUGUUUGUACAGUAUUGUCAUCAGUGGUAUUACAGAUGAUGUAAACACCAUUUAUUUAUGGAAAAGAACUAUGAUGUAUCUCUUUGUCAAAGAGCAAAGUUUUAUUGAAUAAUAAAGUUUUAUCCUGCUUAUUCAUCAAAAA